AGAGCCUCACAUGAGGCAUAAAAGUACAAACUAGAAAUAAAUCAACAAUGAUAAGUGAAGAAUUUGAUGAACUACGUCAUCUAUGGAGCGAACAUCAACAAAAACUGGACAAGAGACCCUCAAAACUCCUCUGGAUACCUGCACACAACUACAGAUCAUGAACACUGAAGAUCCCACAUCUACCUAAAUGAUGGAAUACGAAAAUUCCUCGUUACCAAACAGUACUAUCGUUGGAAAUAAAACAAAAGACACCGAAGGGGAAUUUGUGUACGAACCCCUUAAAGUUCCAGGCUAUGUCCAGGCCAUCAUCAUCACGGCAUAUUCCAUCACCAUUCUUCUCUCAGUGGGCGGUAAUGGGACAGUUUGUUACAUAGUAUUUCGAGCCCGGCGGAUGAGGACAGUCAUGAACUUCUUCAUCGUCAGCCUCGCUCUCAGUGACAUUUUAAUGGCGGUCUUCUGCAUCCCCUUCACCUUUAUCGCCAACCUUGUCCUCAAUGAAUGGCCCUUCGGGGAGACGAUGUGUCCCGUCGUAACAUUCCUACAAUCUGUCACCGUGUUUCUGAGCUCCCUAACACUCGUCGCAAUUAGCAUCGACCGAUACGUCGCCAUCAUAUACCCCUUCCGAGCUAAGAUGACCAAAAUGCAGGCAUUUAUUGUGAUAUCAGUGAUUUGGUUGUUUUCUUUUGUGAUUAAUAUGCCGACUGCCUUGACAGCUCGGACGCAUACAUACCUUAACGUAUCAACAGCACCAGAGUUUUGUGAGGAAAUUCUCUGGCAAGACCAAACCUUGGAGUACAUUUAUGGAGUAGCCAUAUUGUUACUUCAGUAUUUCAUUCCUCUCAUUAUCUUUAUUUGUGCAUAUGGUAGAAUCAUCAUCGCAAUGUGGGUUAAAAAGACCCCUGGUGAGGCAAUGUCGUCACGUGAUCAGAGGAUGUCGGAAUCAAAGAAAAAGAUAAUCCGGAUGAUGAUAGUUGUUGUGGCAAUCUAUGCUACUUGCUGGCUUCCAUUAAACGUCAUCAACAUCGCUGGCGACGUCAACCCCAGCAUCUACGACACGAAGGGUAUGAACUAUAUUUGGAUGGCAUGCCAUUGGCUCGCGAUGAGUAACUGCAUGUACAAUCCCUUUAUCUACUGCUGGAUGAAUGCAAAGUUCAGGAAUGGAUUCCGAAGAGUACUUAGUCAUUUGACUUGUGGUUACGUCAGAGUGGCGGACGAAGUUGAAAUGUCUAUUUUCCGCCGCCAUGACACUGUAAAUACGUCGGUAGGGGGCAGCAUACAGAGAUAUUAUAAACAAACUUCCGUUACUUCCUCAAACGAAUGUUCCUCUCCUCGAGAAAAAAUCAAGAGCAACGGACAUGUUUACAACCCGGUGCCAUCUAGUAUUUAGUUAACAAAUAUCCGCAUUGUUGAAUAAACUAUAUCGUAUAUCGUAUUUGUCAUAAUAAAUGUAUGUUUUUCU